AUGAGCCGCAAUAUCCUGCCCGCUUCUCUCGCUGCGGACCAUCUCAAAAUCGUCUCGACCGCCGUGCCUUCUCCAACUGUAGCUCGGUGGCAACCCGCUAAGGUCAAGAAGCUCGCCGGUUCAGCGUGCGAAUAUUGUAGGAAGCGGAGGCGAAAAUGCAAUGGCGAACAACCAUGUCCUCUCUGCGUGGACAACAUGCAGGAAUGCAUCUACGACGCCAUAAAAUCAGAAACUCCUGUCCAAGCCGUCAAAAGAAAACACGCUCAGAUGCAACAGGAUCAUGACGAAUUAAGGUCUCUCUUCAAAGUUAUUGCGACAGCCAACGUCCAGAAGAGUCUCGAGAUACACAAUCGAAUCAGGGCUGGACAAUCUCCAGAAAUCAUUUUGCAGCAACUGAAGCAUGGAGACAUACUAAUACAGACUAAGAUCAAUUCACCAAAGCAUGUGAGGCAUGUCCUGCUCAGUAGUCUCAUGCAAACAAAUGCUUCUUUCGACGACAUGGUCGAGUUCAUCGGCUUGUCUGUCGCAAAAACUCCUGGUGUCCCAGCGCCCACCGCAGCGCUUUUACGGCAACUCAGGGGACGACAGACGGAUUUGAGAGGACUUCGCAAACUUCUCGGUCAUAGCCAACCUCCACCACCGCAACGUCGGAUAGCCAUAUCUGACCUUUUGAGUGACCAAGGCAGUCAACCUUUCGCGACCGCGUACCCGAUUUCUACAAAACCGGAACCGGACGAUCACAUCGAAACUUCAAGAGAACCUAUUUACAAGGUACCGGCAAAGCCUUGGACACGGCUAACGGACGAUGAUGAUUUGGUAUCUCAUCUCAUUUCCUUGUAUCUGGAAUGGGUCAAUCCUUUCUUCCGAGUCCUGGAAGAGGACUUGUUCAUCAAAGCCAUGCAGUCUGGAGAUCUCAACUCGGAAUACUGCUCACCUUUCUUGGUCAACGCGAUGUUGGGUUACGCUUGUCUCUAUUCUGAGAGGGAAGGCGCUUUCUACCAGCCUGACGACUACAUAACCCGAGGGCAACAUUUUCAUGACGAGGCAUUCCGGCUCUGGCAUCUUGAAGAGGGAACGGCGUCUCUCAGGAAUCUUCAAGGUCUCGCUGUCAUGUAUCCUGGCUGUAUUAUGAGGGGCAAAGACAAACUGGGUGUGGCUCUAUGUGCUGUAUUGACACAACUCAACCUGAGCGUGCCAUAUACACCGCAGCGGUCACCAUCGGGAGUCGAACCAAAUUCUGACGAGAUCAGAGCCUUCCAACGAGCCAGGAAAUCGGUGGCUUGGUCUGCUUUUGCUUGCGAUAUGGCGACUGCUAAUACUCUCCUACAGCCGGCGUGGCACACAGUUUGCAAGGAAGACUUGCCAACUCUGGAUGAACUACCAACAGAAUCAACGCAUGUGUGGACUGGCUACCCUCACCGAAACAAGGACGACCGUCUCGAUAAGAGCGUCAUGUGGAUCGCUCACUGCCAACUGAUACAAAUGACAUGGAAAGCCCAACGUCUACUAUACGCCUCAGAUCGCAACGAUCUACAGUUUCUGAGUCGCGUCGAAGCAUUGACCGAAGAGAUGAGCCACUGGAAGAAUGAUCUGCCAAAAGAGUUACAUUUCCGAAAAGACCUUCCAGCACCAGUCUACGAUCUCUACUCUUGCUAUACAUGCGUGAUCAUCGCUCUGUACUCACUCUUCCAACCGCUCGGAUCCGCCCAAUCUCCUCAGUCCGAACAAAAUUCACCCUUUGAGCAGAAUCCAGAAUGCCAACAUCCAACGCCACCACACCACAUAUCAGAAGCAACACAAACCAGUGCUCAAACUCUAUCCGCCCAAACAAUGCGUCAACGCGCGAUCGCCACCGCCCAAGACAUGGCAGCCAUAAUUGGCAACUUCCGCCACCAAUACGGUCUCAAAAUAACUCUACCUUACUUUGUCAACGCCAAUGGCGUAGUAUGCUUUACUCUCCUCCAAGACCUAGACAACCCAGCUUCGGCCGCCGCCUUCAAAGAAGCCUUCCGCUGUCUCCUCGGCGCCGGCAUGCAAUUACUCUGGGCAAGAGGCAUGGCGCGUAUGCUGCAUCUCACCGCCCAAAACACCGGCAUCAAAUUACCCAAAGCCAUAGAAGCUUGUCUAGAUGCCGUAGCGGAUACUGCAUGGACGAAAGCAGAUACGGAAAUGCUGAGUAGUUGUUGGCCUAAUCUUGUUAUCGUUAAGGAUGCUAAGAUAGGGGAGAGCGUCACGAUGGAGGAUCUGAUUAAGAAGUGGGAGAAGUUUGCUGUAGAUGUCGAGGAAGCCAAGGGAGAAGGGAUGCAGGCUAAGGAGGAAGAAGUUGCUAUCGAGGCUAUGCGACCGAAAUGGUAUAUACCGAGGUGA